UCCCUCCUUCACAAUCUGCUGCUUUGACUUAUAACUUGCCAAGCAGCCUCUAAGGGAGCUUCAUUGGUUCAGUAAGUGGUACAACCAUUUACUUUUUUUUUUAACCCAUCUAUUUAUAUACAUUUUUUUCUUUAAAUCAUGAAGAAGGAAGUAACUUGAAACCUCUGCUUAGAGAGCUGGCUCCCCCUCAGCGCAUGAGAAACACAAAGAGUUCGGGCCAGGGUUUGUUCCAGGGCAGGUCAGAGGACUGUUUGCUGACAGGGACCUGGUGUGUGGCGGCUGCCUCUUGUGGAGCCUGGAGGACGUCCUGGAUGAGGCUCCGUUGGCUCAGGGACAGCUGGAUUGGUCUCCUCCGGAUGCUCAAGACAUGAAGGGGGAUGGAAGUGCUGUGUGGAAUCUAAUGUGGAAAUACUGCAUCUCAGUCAGGACCGUCAGCGUUGAGGGAGAAGCCCCAGGGAGCGAGACUGGCACCUCUUUGGACAGCCCCUCAAACUACCAUCAAGGUCCAAUAACGCACAGCUCCACUCUAAGCCCUGACCACUACGACCACUCUGCGUAUGGACUAUACUCGGUCUCGCCUGGGCAGCCACAACGCUCCCGGAGGCCCAAGCUCCAGCAUUCCACCUCCAUCCUACGUAAGCAGGCAGAAGAGGAGGCCAUCAAGAGGUCAAGGUCCCUUUCCGAAAGCUAUGAGCUCUCCUCAGACCUCCAGGACAAGCAGGUGGAAAUGCUAGAACGGAAAUAUGGGGGCCGUCUCAUAACCCGCCAUGCAGCCCGAACCAUCCAGACAGCGUUCCGCCAAUACCAAAUGAACAAGAACUUUGAGCGACUCCGGAGUUCUAUGUCAGAAAAUCGUAUGUCACGACGCAUUGUGCUGUCCAAUAUGAGAAUGCAGUUUUCUUUUGAAGGGCCAGAGAAAGUCCAUAGCUCCUACUUUGAAGGGAAGCAGGUGUCUGUGACAAAUGAUGGAACCAAACUUGGGUCUCUGGUCCAGUCCGAGUGUGGUGACAUUGUGGAACCAGCAACAAUGAAGUCUCCAGCUGCCUCCAGCGACUUUGCUGAUGCCAUCACAGAGCUGGAAGAUGCCUUUUCCAGGCAAGUAAAGUCCCUUGCCGAGUCAAUUGAUGAUGCCUUGAAUUGCCGCAGUCUGCAUGCUGAUGAGGUUCCAACCUCCGAGCCCAUCAGGAGCCGAGACCUGGAGCGGGAGAGCUGUGGGAGGGAGCUCAAACCUGCCCUCCAUGGUGUAGACCAUCGGAAGCUGGAUGAGAUGACUGCCUCCUACAGUGAUGUCACCCUGUACAUUGAUGAGGAGGAGCUCUCCCCACCCCUUCCUCUUUCUCAGUCUGUGGACAGACCAUCCAGCACUGAGUCAGACUUAAGGCUGCGCUCUGUGAAUUCUUCUCAGGAGUACUGGUCAAUGACUCACAAGGAUGACAAAAUGGACACUGAUACUAGUUGCCGGAGCACCCCUUCCCUGGAACGCCAGGAGCAGAGGCUACGGAUGGACCAUUUGCCUCUGCUCACCAUAGAACCCCCAAGCGAUAGCUCUGUAGACCUCAGCGAUCGCUCUGAACGGGGCUCACUAAAGAGGCAGAAUGCCUAUGACCGAAGCCUUAGCAACCAGCAAGGGAGCCCCAAGCAUGUGCCCCACGGGAUCCCCGCCAAGAUCAUCCCCCGGGAGGAGCCAGAACCUCGGCACCGGCCCCGGCCCAUCGAUAGUCAUUUGGCCAUCAAUGGUACUGCCAACAGACAGAGUAAGUCGGAGUCGGAUUAUUCUGAUGGUGACAAUGACAGUAUCAAUAGUACCUCCAAUUCUAAUGACACAAUAAACUGCAGCUCAGAGUCCUCCUCCCGGGACAGCUUGCGGGAGCAAACUUUGAGCAAGCAAACCUACCACAAGGAGACUCGAAACAGCUGGGACUCACCAGCCUUCAGUAAUGAUGUCAUCCGGAAACGCCAUUACAGGAUUGGAUUGAACCUCUUUAAUAAGAAACCUGAAAAGGGAGUCCAGUACCUCAUUGAGCGAGGCUUUGUCCCUGACACACCCGUGGGCGUUGCUCAUUUCCUCCUUCAGAGGAAGGGUCUCAGCAGGCAAAUGAUCGGGGAGUUCCUGGGGAACCGGCAGAAACAGUUCAACCGGGAUGUGCUUGACUGUGUGGUGGAUGAGAUGGACUUCUCGGCCAUGGAACUGGAUGAAGCACUCAGGAAAUUUCAGGCUCACAUCCGAGUCCAGGGAGAAGCCCAGAAAGUGGAACGGCUCAUUGAAGCAUUCAGCCAGCGGUACUGCAUCUGUAACCCUGGGGUGGUGAGGCAGUUCCGGAACCCAGACACCAUCUUCAUCCUGGCCUUCGCCAUCAUCCUGCUCAACACAGACAUGUACAGCCCCAACGUGAAGCCUGAGCGCAAGAUGAAGCUGGAGGAUUUUGUGAAGAACUUGAGAGGUGUGGAUGAUGGAGAGGACAUCCCGAGGGAGAUGCUGAUUGGCAUUUAUGAACGGAUCCGCAAACGGGAAUUGAAAACCAAUGAGGACCAUGUGUCCCAGGUCCAAAAGGUCGAGAAGCUCAUUGUGGGAAAGAAGCCGAUUGGAUCUCUGCAUCAUGGACUUGGCUGUGUACUUUCCCUUCCCCAUCGGAGGCUCGUUUGUUAUUGCCGGCUCUUUGAAGUGCCAGAUCCAAAUAAACCCCAGAAGCUUGGAUUACACCAGCGAGAAAUCUUCUUAUUUAAUGACCUCCUUGUGGUCACCAAGAUCUUUCAGAAGAAGAAGAAUUCUGUGACAUACAGCUUCCGCCAGUCUUUUUCCCUUUAUGGCAUGCAGGUCCUACUUUUCGAGAAUCAGUAUUAUCCUAAUGGCAUCCGGCUCACAUCUGCUGUCCCAGGAGCAGACAUCAAAGUGUUGAUAAAUUUCAAUGCACCCAAUCCCCAGGACAGGAAGAAAUUCACCGAUGACUUGAGGGAAUCAAUCGCAGAAGUUCAGGAAAUGGAAAAGCAUAGAAUAGAGUCGGAGCUUGAAAAACAGAAAGGAGUCGUCCGGCCCAGCAUGUCCCAGUGCUCCAGCCUGAAGAAAGAACCCGGCAAUGGGACCCUGAGCCGUGCCUGCCUCGAUGACAGCUAUGCCACAGGCGAAGGCCUGAAGCGGAGUGCACUCAGCAGCUCACUCCGCGACCUCUCAGAAGCGGGGAAGCGUGGGCGACGCAGCAGUGCAGGAUCGCUAGACAGCAAUAUGGAAGGGUCCAUCAUUAGCAGUCCUCACAUGCGCCGAAGAGCUACAUCAACCCGAGAGUGUCCAUCUCGCCCACACCAGACUAUGCCUAACUCUUCUUCCCUCCUAGGCUCCCUAUUUGGUAGUAAGAGAGGGAAGCCACCUCCUCAGGCCCACCCACUCUCUGGCCCUUCACAGCCCCCUUCUCACCCACCAGUCAUCUCCCAUCAACAACACGCUCAGCAUUCUUCCACCGGGCAUCACCAGGGCCCCUCCGAGGGACAGACACAGGCCCAGGUGCACACGCACCAUACCCAGUACUGCCACAUGCAGCAGAAUCCGCCCCCCUACCACCACCACCACCACUACCACCCACCUCAGCACACCCAGCACGCACACCAGUACCACCAUGUCUCCCAUGGGGGACAUCCCCCCCAUCCACCUUAUGUGGCACAUGCCCACACGCCGCAUGCCCACCCACCACUGCCCUCAUCCCAUGCGGGGCACUCCACCCACUCUGGGCACACAGCGCACCACCACGGACAGCAGUCUGCCCCUCCUCCUCCCACCAGCACGAAGCCCAAACACAGUGGCAUCAGCACAAUCGUCUAGAUAGACCUGGGGGGGAUGGGGAGGGGGGUCUUGGACACCCCCCCCCCAUCGACUGUAGCACCAGAUAUCUGACGCAGAGGCGUACCCACUAGGCAGCCAGCAACAUAUCAAAACCCAGGGUGGAUUUGUCUUCUUUUUUUUUUUUCCCUUGGCCCUGGAAUCAGACAAUAUGAUUGAAUCCCAUAAGCUCACAAGGCUUGCAUUUUAGGAAAUGAAAUUCCUUUCAAUUUAACCUUGUUGGCCUGGGCUUCAUUCACCUCCACCUUUGGGAGGGCCUGCGUCUGGGCCAGUCUUUACCGUCAUUGGCCUUGAAAUGGCGCCACCUGCCAAGUAGAUGUUAAACCGCCCCCAGCACCCUUACCCAUGUUGGUUUUACAGGCAUAUGAAAAUCCAGCCUAGAAAAGAAGAAACAUCACACACACACACACACACACACACACACACACACACAUCCUUGCUCUUAUUGACAAUGGGCAAAAAAUUAAGUAGACCUGAUAUGGUUGAUGAAAGUACGUAAGUAAACUUUAUAUAAUAUAAAUAUAUAUAAAUAUAUAUACAUAUAUAUAUAUAGACACACACACACACACACACACACAUACACACAUACAUACACACUGUAUAGGUAACGUUUGUGCGUGGAAAGCAAACUUUUCAGUCCACAAAACUAGCAAUAUAGAUUUUACAAGGAAUUUCCACUUACUUGAUAGACAGCACCAUAGCUGAGUAGUAUGUGAAAGAGUAGGCCAAAAACUUAACUGCUAGAAACAAAUUUCAGAUGUUUCAGUAUUUUCAUAAAAAGAGAGAAAGAGAGAGGAAGAGAGAGAGAGAGAGAGAGAGAGAGAGAGAGAGAGAGAGAGAGAGAGAGAGAGAGAAGUCCCCUGAGGACUUGCAAAGAUCUCUAAGCAAUCAUUACUGAAUGUGCCAAGUAACAUAGCAUCUAACUGUUUAAGUCCAAUAUUGCUUUGUAUGAAUCCUUAUUUUAUUAACAAUACUAUCCUAAGUAACCAGUAUUAUAACUGCUCUGGUAUUUCAGGUAAGCAAACUAGUUAAGAUGCAGUAAACUCUACAAUAGCAACAUGGGAUGACCAGCUAAGCAUUGGUUGUCUUAGAAUAUUGGUUACAAAACUUCUUAGACACUUUAAAGGCUGUAAUAACUGUGAAUUUACAUGAUCCACAUUUCUUUUGUAUGCAUUUGAUUUAUUGGACCCAAAAUUCAGAAUCUUAUGAGAGGUGCACAUAAACAUGGCAAAAAUGUUCAUCUCCAACAUGAAAAUGAUAGACACUCAUCCUUGUUUCCUUAACACCAUGACUUACUCAUUUGGUUCCCAAUUGCAAUGGGCGGAAGUCCCCCUAGAGCAUUUCCAGCAGGAACUGCUCUAGGACAUUUAUUUUAGGAUUUAGCAUUAUAGGGUGGUGUUUUUAUUUUUAAAAAUGAUAAUAAUAAUUGUAAUUCCAUGUAGCCAUGUGCUAGCAAAACACCCGUUUCAUCACUGUGACCAUCCGACUUCUUAGCUGACAAGUACCCAGUACUCAGCAGGCUGAGUCCCCCCCUGCCUCUCUCUCAUAGUCUGGUUAAAGCAUCACAUGAAAUCAAGCUGUGCUGUUGUUGCUUCUGUGUUGUGAUGAUGCCAUCUGCUAACCUGUCCAAGACGCUGCCCAUCCAGAUUCUAUACUGAGUCAAACAUGGCACCUACUUUGUAGUUUCAGCCUUUUGAGCCUCUGCAGCUGCAAGUUCUUUACACCUAAGCAGUAGAAACAAGAGAUCUACCCCCAUUGCUCCAGCUAAAAUGCAAGACCCCUUUAAAAAAAAAAAGGAAAGGGGGGGGAGGAUGAGAAGUCCCUCUGUUGAGAUGUGGGGAAAACACAAAAGAGCUGGUGACAGGGGCCGGUGCUGAGGUGACCAACGCCAACAGGAAGAGCAAAACCUUCUAGGUUGAAAAGUUCCUGGUUCCUGUUGCUUGGGUCAUCUUCCAGUGUGGGGGCAUCUGUUGACUCCCCAUAUUUUUUGUUGAUUCCUUACCCCUUUUGUCAUGCCAUUGCUAUCACAAAAUCAGCAAAACUGCAAACUGAGCACUUUGUUGUAUUUGUCCUCUAGGAAGAUUAACAGUCUAGAACUUAGCCUUUAAAAAAAAAAUUAAAUCUGCCCACUUUUGUUUUUCUGUGUGUGUAAUACUUCUUUCUUUGAUAUCUUCUCCAAACUGCUCUUUUGUGGAAAGAGUGGUACACAUGUCCUUUAGAUUUAGUUUGGGCUGAGUUGGGAGGCUAUUCGGUUGCCAUUAACUGUUCCAAAAUUGUCCCAUUUACCUUAAAGUUGAACUUGUCCAAAUUCCCUUGAGGCUCUCUGUUCUUGCAAGUGAAAGGAUGUUGUUAUGAUAAGGGAAAUUAGAACUGUAUUGCAUGUCAUCUAACGUUAAUGGUGUGAGGCUACACUCUACAUAUUGUAUAUUUGCAAAAUAUAUUGGUGUUUACUAUUGAAAAUUAGUUGAAGUAAAGUGAUAACAUAUUAAAAUAUGUAGGCUUUUCUUCAUCCCACUGUACCAAUGGUAGAAUCUAAUUGUAAUUUCCAGGUUGUUCCAGAAAAGAUAUGAAACUUUGGGUACAACAUUGCUCUUUCUCAAGUGGCAAUAGUAAAAAACAAACAAACAAAACCAAAAAUAAGUUCUAUCCUCCACCACCAUCCACUCCCCUUAACCAAAAGAUACUUCUGCAUCAUGGUGCUGGGGCUGUCUUUGUUGUGCUGAGGUUUUUGUGGUCAUUUGUAUCCCCAAACUGUCAUGUGUGUUCUGAAGUUCUAUGUAUAAGGUAUUGAGUCUAGGCUUUGUACUAGGGAGGUACCUGGGCCAGGAGAUGAUCAGCUGAAUGCGUAAGAGAAGAAUUACAACUAACUGGGGUUAAACACUUAUCCUUCCCCUGAAGCUUUCACAAUGAAGCAUCUGAACUUUUUAUCCUCCUGUUUCCAAUUUUACCCGAGGUUUGGGUCAACGAGGUAGACAAACUUUGUGCCAUUUGUGUUUUUAUAAGCUCAAGACUAGAAACUUUUUCAUAGGUAUUAUUGUAGACUGAAAAGAUCAGAGUUAUGCCUCCUGUUUUUACUUUGGGAAGUAAUAAAUACCAACAAACUAGUUUCCCAAAAGUCACAUAGAGGUCUUUGGGACAUCAUUGCUUUUUAUAAAGUUGCAAUCCAACAUGUCAGAAUAAAUCACAGAUUAAUAGCCGUAUGGAAACCUCAUCUGUCUUUGCCUUGAAUGGGAAGAUAGAAGGACAUUGAUGAGUUGGGCUCAUCAGUGAAUUAAAAGUUCUCCCUUUGAGGUCAGGGUGGCUGUUGGGAUGGUUCUAGUUAAGCUUAUUGAAGAAGUUGAGUCAGGACACACUAGUAACAUUUUUCAAAUCCCAUGAAUUGGUGCGAUCAUAUAAUCAAUAACAUCAUGGCAAGACCCUUAGGAAAACAGCUGGUAACAACAACAACAACAAAAAAUCUUUUCUGGGACAACAAUCAACUAAUGUAUUUGUAUUUUUUUAAGUUUAUGAAUGAAAUGUACAUCAAUGUAAAAAAUAAAGUCCGUCCUAAUAUAACGUACGUCUUGCUAAAAAGUAAUCAGACUUCCAGUGUAGAGUUUUUUUUUCCAUCAUCAGCUGCAUGCAACAGAAGCCUCUUGUUUCUCAUUAAAAUAAGCUAAAAGACAGUUGGCAAAUAUUUAAACAAUGACUCUCUACAUGUUGACUUGCCAUUCCGUAUGAAGCUGUGUUUUCUACAGUUAAGCAUGCUGUUUUCGUUGUAAAAUACCAUCGCCCUUCCUGCCUGAAAAAUGAGUAAUUGUAUAUAUAUUAACAACAAUAACAAAGGAACCAAUUGUAAGAUUACCUUGAGUGAAAUAGGGUGGUGAAAAUGGGACCAAGUAGGAGGAAUAGAUAAUUCUCUCAACUUGUAUAUAGUGUGUAAAUUAGUAUUACUCUUAAGUCUGCAUUCAUUCCCUUGGAGGUUGUAUACAGUAUCUGUCUCCUCUAAAGAACCAUAAUUCAGCUUUGAACUGUAUUAAAAAUUGUUCGAGCUAGAUCUUGAAUGCAGACUGUUUAAAGACUUCCAAGCCCGCCCUGCUCAAAAGAAGCUUUUGCUCUAUUGAGGCCCAGUACCCAUUCCUUGACUGUGUAACUCUGGAGAGGAAAGGAGUGCUUUCGUUUUAAUAUGCAUUCUGUCUGUAAGUAGUAACAGACCCUAUCAGUGUAAAACUAUAACUGUGAUCAUGUGAAGAAAUCAAAUAAAUCAUUUAAAACUC